UGAUUUAGCUGUGCGAACCUCAUUUGAACAAGAUUAAAAACCAAAUUCGCGUAUUAGUUUUAUAAGAGCUUUUUCUCAAGUAAAAAUGACCGAAAAACAGAUAAUGAAACAAAAACACUCAGUGAAAAUGAAAUUUGUUCCGAUAUACUUGAUUUGGAUAGUCAUAUGCCGGGCGAACAACAAUUUGGAGCGGGAGAAUUCUCAAAACACAAUUGGAAAUAAUUUGUUCUCAAAUGAACUUUUGACUGCACACCUGGAGAAACAAGGCUCUUACUCUACUUUUGAUGAUUCCAGAUAUUCGGGCCCAAAUCAGCAUGGGGCCAUGAGACGACACCAGGAGGAAGUAUCCCGCACCCUGGACAGACUCUUCUUCAAGUACGACUCUAGACUGAGACCCAACUACGGGGGACCCCCUGUCUUGAUCAACGUCACAGUCCUACUCGGCAACCUAGGACCUAUUAGUGAAGUGGAGAUGAAUUUCAGACUGGAUAUGGCCCUAAGGCAGAAGUGGAAUGAUCCGCGCCUCAAAUUUUCGCCACCCGAGGGAGCAAGAUCGGACGAACUCUCCCUAAAUUAUGAGUUUGCCAGUAAGAUUUGGCUGCCGGACAUUUUCUUCCCCGAGUCCAUCCAAUCCUUCAAGCAUGACGUCAUGCAACCUAACACCCUUGUGAGACUUUACCCAAAUGGAGAUCUACUCAUGAGUACCAGAGUGACGGUGAUUUCCAAGUGCCCUAUGGACCUGUCUUUCUUUCCGAUGGAUCUACAGACAUGUUCCCUCCUCAUAGAAUCCUAUGGGUACACAACAGAGGACCUGGUGCUGCUCUGGUCCCAUGGGAGGACCCUGGAGAGCUCCGCCUACUUCGAGAUUGCUCAAUUCGAUCUCCUCAACAUCACUCUAGACACACUUCAGCUAGAAUUCUCCACAGGUAAGUUCAGUGACCUGCGUAUGGACUUCGUGUUGCGACGCAAGCUGACCUACUUCAUCCUGCAACUGUACCUGCCUUCUGCCAUGGUGGUGAUGCUCAGCUGGGUUUCCUUCUGGAUCCCCCGGGACAGUGUGCCCGCUAGAGCCGCACUCGCCAUCACCACUGUACUCACUAUGAUCACACUCAUCGGUACGACUAAUUCUCACCUUCCGCGAGUGUCCAAUGUCAAGGCACUGGACGUGCAUUUUGCCCUGUGUCUGCUAUUCGUGUUCGGGGCUCUGGUCGAGUUUGCUGUCGUCUCUUACUUCAACAAGAUCCGGUUCAGAAACCAGGGAUGCCCCGCCGAAAGACAGUUCCACGCCAACAACCCGAACCAUAAGGGGCACGCCAAAGCUCGUUACAGUGCAGUUUUCUUCUCGAACGGACACGCCUCAAUCUCAGACAACAAUCUGAACAAAAUCGAGUCCAAACCAAAAGCAUUCAAUCCCACCCAUGUCAUCUGGACAACCCCUCCUCGAAAUGCCCCCCAUUUGCGGGGGGAACAGUUGGGACCAGUGGUGGAUAUAGGUUUGAUUGACGUGUACUGUCGGGCUCUGUUUCCAGCAGCCUAUCUGUUGGUAACUCUAGUCUACUGGAUAGGCUACACUAAUGCUCUGUAUGAGAAGUUCAGAUGGACGAAGGGUGCGGCGGCGGCUCAGAGUGCGUUCCAAACUUGAACUUAUACUACCAUCUGUUCAUGUGUUCAGCUAAUUGUUCCUACCAUUGAAAACGGGGAGGAACUUUAUA